AUUCAUAUAGAGAGGAAUUUUGCUGUGAUUUUCACAUGGAUCGUGAUCCAGAUGCUCUUUGUGUUCCUCCACUGAGGUCUAUGGCUGAUCCUCUGGUUGCUAGGUGCCUUUACUCUGGCAAAGGUUAUAUGAUUCCUUUGAAUCAAUGCAUGGACUAUUCUGAGUUGUAUGAGGACAUUUUCGGUACAUUCCAGUUUUUCCCAACUGAUAAUGUUGAGCUUCAGUAUUCAGUUCCAGGUUGUGAAGUCUGUUUUCUGCGUAAUGAUCGUGAUUUCCAGAUGCUGUUUUGCUCUGCCAGAAUACAUAGGCUAGAGUGUGUCGAUAUUUCAGUUUUAAAGAUUAGGGGAGGUUGUAGGAGAAACUGUUCGGUGGAUAGUGGUUCAGAAGUUAUUGAUGAAGAUGAUUAUUUGGGUGAUGCAUUCAGGACUGAAGUUCACAAGACGUAUUUGUCUGAUGAGUGGAGUUCUUAUAUCCAUAAUGUCGGGGAUAAGUUUCAUGGCGCUGCUGAGCUCCGUGAAAAGCUCAGGAAGUAUGCAAUUGCAGUUGGUUUCGAGUUUGUAUUCCUGAGAAAUGAUCUGGACCGUAUUUAUGCAGUCUGUGCAAAUGUUGGAACGGAAGGUUGUGAUUGGCAUCUUUGUGCUUUUUCAUCAUCUGCCAAUGGUUGCCUGUAUAUCACAGAGUUGAAUAAUACUCACACUUGCAAGGGUGUAGUUAGGACUCAAAAACACAAGCUUUUGGGGUCCAAGGUUGUCAAGACUUGCAUUGCUGCUGAUGUAAGUUUUAAUCUUUCAUUGAAGCCAAGGGAGAUUAUGAGCAAGUUCAAAUCAACAUAUGGGUUUGAUAUUUCAUACAAGGUUGCCUUGAAAGCAAAGCAUCGGGCCAAGGAAGCGAUUUAUGGUUCCGAUGCAGAAACGUUCAGCAAGUUAUCUUGGUAUAAGGAAGCUGUUUUGCAGAGUAACCCCGGCUCUUCUUUUGUGUUGGAGGUUGAACCAUCUACAAAUCGUUUUCAGAGGCUUUUCAUAGCUUACGGAGGUUGUGUAGAAGGCUUCCAAUUCUGUUUGCCAGUGUUAUAUGUUGAUGGAACGUUUGGUAAAAGCAUUUACAAGGGGCAGAUUCUGUCUGCAACUGGAAGGAAUGGGAAUCAAGGUAACUGA